ACACAAUAAAAAACUGGUUUCUUCUUAGGAUGUACUGUCAUCUUCUACUGCAGAGAACGAAGAGGCUUAUCCUGAAGACUGGAACAGAGUGGGAGGUUUUGCUGCACAUGGAUGAGCACACCUUUGCUCGCCAUUUUAGGGUCACCAGGCCACAGUUUAAAUACCUGACAAUGAAUCUACAGGAGAAUGGAGUAGGCAGGGAACACCAUCAAGGCCUGCCACCAGUUCCUGUGACAAAGAAGGUGCUGAUGCUUCUGUGGUACAUGGUGAACCAAAACAGCUUUAGAGAGAUGUCUGACAAAUUUGAUGUGUCCCAGUCCGCGGCACACCAAAUCAUUGUGGAUGUGCUCAAAAUAUGUUGCACACUUGGCUCAAACUUUGUCUCUUGGCCAAAUGCCUGUGAGAAAGCAACAUCUGCUCUUGCUUUUCAGCGACUCUGUGGCAUCCCUGGUGUCAUUGGUGCCAUUGAUGGGUGUCAUAUAAAGGUGCAGAAGCUACCAGUGUGAGGUGUAGACUACAUGAACUUAAAGUCUUUUAUCUCUGUCCUUCUCCAGCGGAUUGUAGAUGAGAGAGGAAGAUUCUUGGACAUUUGUGCUUGACCACCUGGAAGGGAACAUGAUGCAAGGAUGUUGAGGGCUUCUCCCUUCUUUGAAUCAUGGCAGGAGAAAAUGGCUGGUUACAGCUUACUUAAGCCCUUUUCAGAUAGACAUCCUGGAAUAUGUGUGGACAAUUCAAUCCAGUUUUUAACCGGAACUGUGUUUUCAGACACACCACUUUU